GGAAGCCUCGUACCACCAAUUCGUAACCCUAAAUCCUCUUUGGUUUGGUCUCUGGAUCUGGAGGAAUCCGGAAGCCGCCGCUCAGUCCCGCACACCUCUCGCCGCCUCCGCCUCCGCCUCCGCCUCCGCCUCCCCCUCUCCUUGCCGGCCGCGGGUCUCCAGCGUCUUCGUCGGUCGCCAUGUCCGCCGCCGCCGCGGUCGGGGGGUUCCCCAAGUGGGUGCUUCUGGAGCCCUACGUCUUCCGCAGGGACGACGAUGAGUCCUUCCCCGACGAGUCCGAGGCGCCCAUCAGGGCGUCCGGAACCACCUCCUGGGGCGCCGACUUCCGCAUCGCCUUCUCCCUCGAGGAGCCCCCGCACAUCUCCCGCCUCUACGCGCAGCUGCCGGGCUUUCCGGGUCCCCACGAGGAGGAGCCCUUAAUCAUGCUGGCGACCCACCGCCAUCUUGCCCUGCUCGUCGUCGCCACCACCAUCACCACCACAAACACCACCAUCAUCACCCCGAGGCCUUCUAAACCUUUAGUUCAGAACUUCUUCAUCUUCAGAGCCAACGAGAACAACCCUUCCUCAUCCUCUCUUAGAUUGCUCCCCCCUUGUACCGAGCCCAAGUUUGAUUAUUGCCGCAGCGAUCACCGCCUAAGUCGUCGACCUUCCAAUGUUACUCCUACUCCCCGCCUGCUGAAUAUGAUAUCCUUGGGCCUAUGGUGCGGAGACAAAGAGGAGUUCGUGGUGGCAGAGCUCACUCUUUACGUACCCACCAUUGACCGCAGCCAGACUAAGGCCUUCGCUGACAUCUGCUUGCUGCGCUCCUCCUCCACUGACGAUCAGCUUGGCAGCAAAUGGGACUCCUGGCGUGUGACAAUCAUGUCCCCUCACAACCCCUCUGCUGAUGAUCUCUUGGAACUCUCCCGCUGGCAGACCACCGCCGUCAUCCCCUUCAAAAAAUGGCUGUGCUGGAUCGACUACAACCGAGGCAUACUCUUCUGCGACGUGUCCGAUAAAGUGCGCGCCCCUACUGUCUCCUUCCUCUGGUUCCCUGAGGACAAGUCCCCUCUUACCAGAGCCCGCAAAGCCACAUCCGGCACCAUCGGUGGCGUGUCCGUCAUCGACCACGGCCGUUUGCUCAAGUUCGUCAAUGUCGCCCGCCAUGAUGGCCGUGCCUAUGGAGCGCUCCAACCCGGCACUGGCUUCACCAUCACCUGCCACACCCUCGUGUUAGGCGGCAGCAUGGCGUGGAAGGAGGACUACACUGUCACCUCUGAUGACCUCCCUGACCGCUACCGACGCGGCAUCCCCAUUCACCCUCAAGUCGACAUUGACUGGCCACAUGUAGUGCACUUCCUUUUCAUUGAGUUUGGAAAAGCCUACGAGAAGAUGUCGGUGCUCUCCAUAGACAUGAGCACAAAGACCGUGAAGUCAUUUUAUCUGUAUGUGGAUGGGAAUGAGAUCCUUCAUGAUGACAAAGAGUGCCUUCAACCUGAUGACGACAUUGACUUCAUCAGAUCAACGUCCUUGUAUCCCACUCCCUUGCCCUUCCUCCCUUGUGAGUUCCCCACGUUCUGCUAUUUAUCAAGAAUACUAGCGUAGCCUGCAGCCUACUAAACAUUUGAGCCUUGAAGCUUAUGAUUGGAACAUAAGAGCUGCCUGCCAAUAUAUGCCUUCUUUUAUAUGCUGUUGGAAAUUACUUGAGUUCCAACAAAACUGAAGAAAGGCUUCUGUCCUGCUUGUCAACAAAACUGAAGGAGCUAUUUCAUGUUGUGGCCCAGGAAGCAUCUAUCUUAUGGUCUGUACUUUCAUGCUGUAUGAACGGAUAAGUUAGUUGUAUCGUGUGUUCUGUAGGUUCGUCAAAAAGGAAGUUCGUCGUGUGUCCUGCUGUUUUAAGUACAAUCUUUAAUUUGUCAUUGUGUGGAUGUGCCACUUGGUUCUUGAACUUGCACGUGUUAUACCAAGUCUGUAUGUGAAGUUUAAUCUCUAAGUUUGCUUGUGUUUAAUUUACCACGCACGAAUA